CUGUGGGCUCUGGGCUCCGGGUACUGGGGGUGUCUGGGGGCUGCUACUAACCAUGAUCCUGCUCCCUGAUCAGCUUGUGCCAGAAUCCUGGCUCCCAGCGCUGCCAGGCAGCCGCCAGCCAGGCCACUCGCCCUGGUAACUUUCUAUCCACUUAUCAAACACUGUCAGGUGAAAUCACAGAUUUUUCUUUUCUCCCCUCUUGAAAACUGCAGGAACUUCCAGUCCUGUAGGGAAUAUUCAUGCCCCACCCCCUGAAGUCCUUGCCCUAGAUCUGGGGGGUGAGGGAGGUGGGAAGGGGGUCAGCACUGCCACACGAUGGUCUCUUCCACAGCAUUCUGGACUCAUUCUUUCUGAAAUCUGGUUUCAUUGAGAACAUGGUUAAUCAGAGAUGCUGCAUGGAAAGACAAGGAGUGACUCCAGAUGCACAGUGGGGCAAAUGAGAUCAGUAAUUCUCCCUGUGAUGAGGGUUUCUCAUUAGCUGCUCUCCUCAGCUAAAGGAGGGAAGCUGCUCAAAUGCUCUGUCCCUCUCUGCUCAGGAUAUUGGGGUUCAGCUUCCUGGGUCAGACGCUGCAGCCUCCAUUGUGAUCUGGGAGACCAGGCUUAGCAGCUGCUGCUCCCCCAGCGGGGUUCUGUGCUGGGAUGUGACCUUAAUUAAAGCUUCUCUGCCCAGCCCAGGUGAUGACUUUCUGCAGCUGGUCCUAGCCCCCUAGGGCAGCCCGGGGCCCUGUUAAUACAAAUUCUGAGCUACGGACUCCAGGUUAUUGAAAGACCUCAGGGGGAGUGCUGGGGACUGGCAAGAAAGUGACUCUGCACAAACAGCCCCUCGUCAUUUCUCCUCCCAUUAGCAAUUGUCAGGAGAAAAUCCAGCCAUGGGAGAGCAAAGCCCCCAGGAAUGGGAUUUUCCCAGCCAGAGGGGCCAGGGAGAGAGGACAGGGGAAGGAGAGACUGAAAGGGGCAGUGGGAGAAAUGAGUUGGGGGAGAGAUUUCCAGCUCUGUAGUCCACCAAGCGCAUGUAUUGUAGCAUCGCUGGGGAGAAUCACUUUCCAAUGAACAGAAAAAGGCUCAGACAGAGGAAAAGCCAGUUCCUGACUCCAUAUUACCCCUGUUGAGGUGUGACUGCCUGUGGGGUCAGUGUCCAAGGGAAUCCCCCAGAGUGACUCCUUUGGUUCUGCUCUUUUCUAGCCUUGUGUUCAGAGACUUUGUUAUGGGGUGAGGGGAGGGAGAAGGGAGGUUAAAAAUGUCUCUGUGGGCUUAGCCUGAUAGGAGGGGCCAGGUCUACACUGUAAUAAAGAGAUCAAGUAUGUUCCCAACACGACAGAGUCUAGGAUGUCUGUCUGGAGGGAGAGGGCCUGGGGGAAUCGUGAUGUGAAAUUACCUAAAGCCUGUUCUGUAACCUCCUCAACUGCCCUUCUCACCCUGCCAGGGCUGCAGAAUGGCUUCCAUGUUUUUCUCCAGCUCAUCCCAUCCUCCCAUGGGACAGAGGAGAGAAAUGACUGCAGUGGAGCCAGCUCAGGGGCCAGUAACGUUCGAGGAGGUGGCUGUGUAUUUCAUCAGGGAAGAGUGGGCUCUGCUGGCCCCCACUCAGAGAGCCCUCUACUGGGAUGUCAUGCAGGAGAACUAUGAGAAUGUGACCUCACUGGGGUUUCCAGUUUCCAAACCUCACAUAAUCUCCCAGCUCGAACAAGGGGAAGAGCCAUGGGUUCCAGACCUCCAGGGUUCAGAGGAAAGAGAGAUCCUGAGAGUUCCUUGCACAGCAGGUGAUGCAAUGGUAUGUGAGAAAGAGGAGCAGAAUUCUCAGCAGGAAAAUGUUGAGCAAGUGGCUAAACACAGAGAAUUAUCGCAGAGAUCGAAAAUGAAUGUAUCCAGGAGUCAUGAGCAGGGAAAAUGCUGUGAGAUUCAGCACAGACCAGAAAGAGAGCAAGGAAACCAUCCAGGGGACAAAAUGGAUAAAUUUAUUUCCUGUCGGGGAACUCAGAAGAGCAUCAAGGAAACCACAACACAGAAGGAAAUUCUCAUGGGAAAGAGGAAAAAUACAUGCACUAAGUGUGGGAAAAGCUUCACUAGCAGCUCAGACCUUUCUGUUCAUCAGAGAAUCCACACAGGGGAGAGGCCCUAUGAAUGCCCUGAGUGUGGGAAAAGCUUCACUAGCAGCUCAGGCCUUUCUAAACAUCAGAAAAUCCACACAGGGGAGAGGCCCUUUGAUUGCAGUGAGUGUGGGAAAAGUUUCACUUACAGAUCGGUCCUUUCUCAACAUCAGAGAAUCCACACAGGGGAGAGGCCCUAUGAAUGUCAUGUGUGUGGGAAAAGCUUCACUAGCAGCUCAGGCCUUUCCCAGCAUCAGACAAUCCAUGCAGGGGAGAGGCCCUUUGAUUGCAGUGAUUGUGGGAAAGCCUUUACUUACAAAUCAGUCCUUUCUGUUCAUCAGAGAAUCCACACAGGGACGAGGCCCUAUGAAUGCCAUGAGUGUGGGAAAAGCUUUAUUACCAGCUCAGCCCUUUCUGUUCAUCAGAGAAUCCACACAGGGGAGAGGCCCUUUGAAUGCAGUGAGUGUGGGAAAAGCUUCAAUCGCAGCUCCGCCCUUUCUAAACAUCAGAGAAUCCACUCAAGGGAGAGUGCUACAAAUGUCGUGAGUGUGGGAAAAGCUUCACUCACAGCUCAAACUUCCUUACCCAUCUCAGAAUCCACACAGAGGAGAGGCCCUAUAAACGCAGUGAUUGUGGGAACAACUUCAUUCACCGCCAGCAGCUUAUUAGCCAUCAGAGAAUCCACACAGGUAUGAGACCCAGUGGAAGCAGUGAGUGUGGGAAAACCUUGUCUUGCCACUGAGCCCAUGUGAGCCCUCAGAGAAUCUGCAAGGGGGAUCAACACCAUAAAACCCUCUAGGGCUAUCACUACUUUAAUACUUUCCUGAUUCCCACAUAGUAAUAUUGCAGGGGGGGCAACAGUUGGGGUUCGUUUGCCCCGUGUGCAUAUCCCCAAUGACCACACCGGAGUGGAGAAGCAAGUCUCUUUAUUUGAGUUCAAAUAAGGUGCUGGGAGAUAUACAAUCUCAAAUCCUGCACAAAUUACUAUCCUCUUCCCUACGCUAUAUACCCCACUUGUUUACAGAGAUAUUCAGAGGUGCUACAAUCGGUCAUUUACAAUUCAUUAACUACCAGAUUCUUUAAUUAGCUCCAUUCUCUUCCCACAAUACAGAACCCCCUUUGAUUAAUCACAUCUUAUACCGUAAACAAAGGAACAAAAGAAAAAUAAUAAAUGAUUACAUGUACUCAUGCUAACUUUAAAGGAACAAAUUGUUUAGCUCGAAAGGCAAUCGUAUGCCUGAGAAUGUAAACUUUUGACCCCAUGCCAUAUUGCCAGUUACCUCGAGCCUUGCACCCCCCAACAGUAACUUUUAAAAGCUGUUUGAAGCACCGAUAUCCCUCAGCUUGUCCAGAUGAGUGAGUGGCCCAUUUUUGCAUUUUGCAGUUUGACCUAUUUGAGGUGGACUCAUUUGUCCUUGCUAUCAACUCCAUUCUCCCAUGAGUAAUUCUAGUGUACCCUUCCUAUCAGGAAUCAGGGAGCAUCACAUUUAUACCAUUCCCCUAUUGCAAAGUUAUUGUUAGAGUCACCAAUGAUACAGAUUGUAUCAUUGCCAGUUGUUCUCAUGUUGUGCUGAAGAGCAGUUAUAAUGGGAACUUUUCAUAUUACAUUUAAAUGAAGAGGAGCAGGGGCAGGAAAAAAGUGUCAUUUCAGCCUCUGUGAUACUGGAAGGAGAUGUAAAAAGCGACAAAGAGUCCUGUGGCACCUUAUAGACUAAAAUACGUAUUGGAACAUAAGCAAUAUACCAAAACCUGUAGAAGAACACUUCAAUCUCCCUGGACACACAAUAGCAGACUUAAAAGUAGCCCUCCUGCAGCAAAAAUACUUCAGGGCCAGACUUCAAUGAGAAACUGCUGAGCUUCAGUUCAUUUGUAAAUUUGACACCAUCAGCUCAGGAUUAAAUAAAGACUGUGAAUGGCUAGCCAACUAAAAAACAGUUUCUCCUCCCUUGGUGUUCACACCUCAACUGCUAGAAGAGAGCCCCAUCCUCCCUGAUUUAACUAACCUUGUUCUCUAGCCUGAUUCUUGCUUGCAUAUUUAUACCCGCCUCUGGAAAUUUCCACUAUAUGCAUCUGACGAAGUGGGGAUUCACCCACGAAAGCUUAUGUGCCAAUAUGUCUGUUAGUCUACAAGGUGCCACAGGACUCUUUGUCACGUUUUACAGAUCCAGACUAACACAGCUACCCCUCUGAUACUUGGAAGGCGAUGGGGUGACUCAGAGAUUCCCUCCUUCCCCAUCAUGGCAGAACUGUUACCUUUUGUCUGAGCCAGGCAGAGUUUAUCGUCAUUACAUUCUACCCCUCCACUUCUCAAAGUGUCAUGUGAUGAAGUGUUCUCAGUUGUCUGUGCUUUGACUUAUUUAAUCCUAUACCGGAGUUGCUAUGACUGGAGAUGAAAAUAUCAACGACCAAGAAGGGGAAUUCAAAUAGAUCCUAAAUGCAGUGUGAUCAUUUCAAGUUUAAAUCCCAGGAUCCUUCGAUUGGUCAAGCCAAUUCUGGCAAGGUGGCUGCUUUUUCCCCCAUUAUAGGAAUACUAGGAUACUAAACAUGUUGUAAAUAACAUAACUGACUAUUGA